GAGCUGUUGCAGGAAUACAAAAAGGUGAAUUUCCAGAUGACAAAGCGUUAAAAUGCUACACGCUCUGUAUAAUGAAGACAAUGCGAACUUUCAAGAAUGGACGCAUAGAUGAGGGAAUGAUGAUUAAACAAAUGGAUCUGAUGAUGCCACCUGAAAUGGCGGAGCCUUUGAAAGUGUCUGCGAGUAAAUGCGCAGGAAUACCUCCUACUGAAGACGAUUGCGAAACAACUUAUCAGUUUGUAAAAUGCAGUUAUGAAACAGAUUCGGAACAUUUCUUCUUCCCUUAAUCAAAAUCAAUCGCAGAUAAUUAUAAUAAUGCAAUGAGAUAUCGCAAUUAACAAAAAGAAUAUAAUAACAUUUAUAUAAACAUGAAAUAUACAAAUGUAUUAUUGAAUCAUUCAUGUCACAAAGUUUAUGUAAUUAUAAAGUUGUAAAUUAAUAGAUUGGCAAGAUUCAAUAACUGUAUAUUAAUAAUAAUAGUAAUAAUUGACAAUAUAAAGUAAUAUAGAUAUUAUUUAGAUAUUAUAAUUAAUAAGUAGGAAGCUAAUCUUAAAUAACGCUGGAACAAUUAUUAAACUUUUAUUUAAAAGCAAUGAAAACAGAUUCGCGGUAUUAAUAUACUUAAAAUAUACUUAAAAAUUAUAUUUUUUGUUAAUAAUGAUAGAAAUAUAUGCAAUUUU